AUGGCAACAGGCUUCAGAUCCCUCGCUCUCGAGAUUCGCAACAUGAUUUACGAGUACGCCCUCGAAGAAGAUCACGAUAUCUUCGUUCAUGGAGUCCCAGCACUACUAAAAGUAUGUCCUCAGAUCACCAGAGAGGUCUACUCAUAUCGCAAGAUUGUCACAACCCUCUGCAUCAUCAACAAUCACCCUCGUCCUAUCUACCGACAACCCUUUCCUACCGAAAUUCUAUCGACGCGAGGCUUCAACAUGAUUACCAAAUUCAACCAAACCGAGGACAAGAAAAGUCUCAUCGUCAAGUUCAAGCCCCUUGUGCUCUCUUGCUCAAAAGACGUUAAUGGACUGUUAGAUGCGACUUCAUCGGCAGAACAUGAGCAUAACAGAGCUGUCUUUGACUACUUUCAAAAUCGAAUGACGUUGGCGAGAGCACGUGCUUUGGCAUAUGCGCUUGGAGUCGCUGCAAAACCUGUCGAGACAAUGGUUGACGAGCAUUGCGAAUGUGCUACUCAGGUCAAUCCAGAUGAAAAGGGCCAAGAUGUCAAAGACGUUACUGCUGCUAAGCUGUGA